AUGCCUACCGGAGGGUCCCUCGAUCCUAUACUAACUAACCAGAACGUUCCUCCGCACCGGGAAGUUCCCUGGUUUCAGGAGGUCACAGAUAUGGCCCCCAGCUUGACAACCAUCACUUCCCCUAUCAAAGCAGCUAACAGCUCAAGUUCCUCACAUAUCCGUAUGAUGGCUGAAGGCGCGUGCAACUUCUGCGAAGAAUGCGAUCACAUUAUUAAAAUUCACGAAUCCGCCACAGGUCACCAGAACAUCGCAUCAAACCAUGAUCUAGGCCCACCCAUCAGCAACACUAUUCAGGAGCAAGAUUUUCCACCGGAUCACCUCUGCCCUAGGCAGGACACAGUAUCCAAACUCAUCGAUCUCAUUGAUUCAUUCCCCAUCAUCCACGUCAGAGGAACUCCUGCUAGCGGGAAAACAGUAUUGGCAAUGCUACUUUGCGACGCUCUGAAAAAGCGGGGGAGACCUGUCCACCUUCUCGAUGGCUGGGAGCGACCUCUCCAAAGUUUCGCAACUUCUCCAUCAGACCCCUGGGGUGCAUUCCGCAAUAUGCUCUUACAAGAAUUUCCAGACGUCGCUAUCUCAUACAACCUCGGCAAAGAAAGUGUGCUCAUUGUGGACGAGGCGCAGAUGUCAUACGGAGAUAUGAUUUUCUGGAACAAAAUCAUCAAGGAACGAAUGGAUGAUGGUUUGGGCUUCAAGAUACGGAUAUGCCUCUUCUGUACCUAUGGGAGUCCAAGGACCGCUGUGGAGCGCCAGGAAUUUGGCUAUACCCCUCGCAACUUUGGCCAAGCACAACGCGUUACACUCACCCCGCAGUUAGGCAUCGACUCGCCACAAAUUGGCCUUUUCUACACUAAGUCCGAGUUUAAUGAUGUUAUAUCCCGUAUAAUCCGAUACAAGUUUAUCGAGUCAUUUACUCUUAAUAACGAUGCCAAACGCUAUUUGUUUUCGCUUACGGCUGGGCAACCUGGGGGCUUAGAGUCGGUGAUGUCCUACAUCUACAAAGAAUAUCGUCACGCCUUGAAGCAUCGAGAGAUAUCUGUGAUAUCUGAACAGCAUGUUGUCGAUUGCAUCGAACGUGAUGAAAAUUCCACUUUCCGCCAUCUAAUAGUUUGCUCUGUUGGUCGCUCUUUUGUCCCACGAGAAGCACUGGCCCCAGACGUUGCGCGUAUACUUUCCAACAUUGUAGCUGAACAAAGUAUUCCAUGGAAUGGGGCACCAGCGUUACGGACAUGUUAUAGCAAUGGUUGGAUUUACAGGAUGCUUACGAAUGAUGACUGCGAAGAAGUUGCCAUUUUUCCAUCACGCCUCCAGGCAAAAUGGGUCGAACACAUUAUCGGGAAUCAAAGGAGCCCCUUACCGCCGCGUUAUACCAACUUACGUCAGCUAUGCUUGGAGAUUCUAAUUCGGUUUUCAGUCAUGAAUCUCAAGCACUCCACCGAAGGCAAAAAAUUGUCAAAUGCAGCUCUACCUCGACCCGUCGAAGCACAGUACCAAGAUGAGUUCUACAGGGUAUCUUGCGAUGUGGCAGGUAGGGGUGUGCCAAUCUCUAGCGAGUGGUCAAGCACGAGCUCUAGUAGAGUCGAUUUCUGGAUACCUGAAAAGAAGUGGGCGAUUGAGUUACUUAGAGACUACGAUCGCGUGGAAGAUCAUCUUCGGCGAUUUAGGAAUGGAGGAAAAUACUACGAAUGGCUUGAGAACAGAGCGGUCGUUGAUUAUAUCGUGAUUAACUGUGCAACUACCCGGCCAACUCCUGCUCAAGCUAACCCCGAUCCGAAUCUCAUACAUGCUAUUUUCGAAAACGACUACAAGGAAGUACAGAUGUUCUGUCAUGACGGGACACCCUUAGGAUCUGCUAUCCGUUUAACGAACUAA